AGUGCGGCGGCGGCGGCUCGGGGGACCGGGGCCUUUUGUUUGGAGCGGCGGCGGGGGGCCCCGGAGCGGCGAGGCCGGCGGCCUUCCCCUGCUCGCUCGGUCCCGGCCGCCCCUCGCGGGGGUGGGGGGGGCCGCCCCCUGGGCCGGGGCCUAAUCUCAGGCGCCCCCGCCCCGCCCUUGGCCCGCCCCGCCCGGCCCGAGGGGAGGAACCGGCCGGGCCUCCCCGCGCGGCCCAGCUACCUCCGGAGUCUCCGCCGCAACCCUCUGCGCGCCGUACCCGAGGCUGCCUCUCGCCCCUCAGGCCGACGCCAUGAAGAUCAAGGAUGCCAAGAAACCCUCUUUCCCAUGGUUUGGCAUGGACAUCGGGGGAACUCUGGUAAAGCUCUCAUAUUUUGAACCUAUCGAUAUCACAGCAGAGGAAGAACAAGAAGAAGUUGAGAGCUUAAAAAGUAUCCGGAAAUAUCUGACUUCUAACGUAGCCUAUGGAUCCACUGGUAUUCGGGAUGUACACCUUGAACUGAAAGAUUUAACGCUUUUUGGCCGGAGAGGGAACUUGCACUUUAUCAGAUUUCCAACCCAGGACCUGCCUACUUUUAUCCAAAUGGGAAGAGAUAAAAACUUCUCAACAUUACACACGGUGCUAUGUGCUACAGGAGGUGGUGCUUACAAGUUUGAAAAAGAUUUUCGCACAAUUGGAAACCUCCACCUGCACAAACUGGAUGAACUUGACUGCCUUGUAAAGGGCUUGCUGUAUAUAGAUUCUGUCAGUUUCAAUGGACAAGCAGAGUGCUAUUAUUUUGCUAAUGCCUCAGAACCUGAGAGAUGCCAAAAGAUGCCUUUCAACCUGGAUGAUCCCUAUCCACUUCUGGUAGUAAACAUUGGUUCGGGAGUCAGUAUUUUAGCAGUCCAUUCCAAAGACAACUAUAAACGAGUAACUGGGACAAGCCUUGGAGGGGGUACCUUUCUUGGUUUAUGUAGUUUAUUGACUGGCUGUGAAAGUUUUGAAGAGGCUCUUGAAAUGGCAUCCAAAGGUGACAGCACCCAAGCUGACAAGCUGGUCCGUGAUAUUUACGGAGGAGAUUAUGAAAGAUUUGGUCUGCCUGGUUGGGCUGUAGCAUCUAGUUUUGGGAAUAUGAUUUAUAAGGAGAAGCGAGAAUCUGUUAGUAAAGAAGAUCUAGCAAGAGCUACAUUAGUUACUAUCACCAAUAACAUUGGUUCUGUGGCACGAAUGUGUGCUGUUAAUGAGAAAAUAAACAGAGUUGUCUUUGUUGGAAACUUUUUACGUGUCAAUACUCUCUCGAUGAAACUUUUGGCAUAUGCACUGGAUUAUUGGUCAAAAGGUCAACUGAAAGCAUUGUUUCUAGAGCAUGAGGGAUAUUUUGGAGCAGUUGGUGCACUUCUUGGGCUGCCAAAUUUCAGCUAAAGCAUCGGGUUUCUCUCUGUUAAUGUCACUCAAGAGGAACUGAAAACUGGAGGUGUUAUUACUGCAUUAUUUAUCACUGGGAACCAAAGGAUGAAAGAGUAGCACUAUUCCUGUUGAUUUUUAAGUAUCAGAAUAUGGUAAGCUGCUAUAUGUUGCCAUAUUAAAAAGAGAGCUCCAGUAAUGUGAAGUAUUUCUAAGUGAAAUGCUUUCCCUUCUGUAUAUAGCCAGUGUUAAAUCCUUAAAUGCAAUACAGCCUCUGAUUAAUGAGCUUCCUCUGAAAAAGAUUUUCUAUUUAUUUUAUUUUAUGUAGCCAACAUUGCAGUACUGUAUGUUCAAACAUGAAUCUUAAAGUCUCAGAAAUGUUUAUCUCAUGAAAAGAAUUGAUUCUGAAUAUUUGUUACAAGUCUGUUCUAUGUGUGUUUUGGUUACUAGUAAGUGGACAGUAACAUAUCCUGUAUCGAAACUUACUGAAAUGGCAAUCAAAGAUGAUCAUUUUUAUAUGAUUUUAGAAAUAUUAAAGCAAUAUUAAUUAUUCAUUACUGUUGUUUUCCAAACAUAUCGUCUCCCAAAAAUCAUGUUUAUGUGCUCUUUCCCCAGAAGUAUAACCUUUUUCAAAUGCCAUAAUUUAAUUGAAAUACUGUUGUUAAACAUUAGCCUGAACUUUAAAAUGAAUCCUAGAAAAUGCACAUAAUUGGUGAUACUGCAUUUUUUGUAUUUUGAGUUUAUCAGAUAGUACAUUUUAAAAUGUUGUUUAAUUGGAGGCUUAAUUACUUAUUUGAAAGUCCGUUCAGUGAGGUCCCAGGACUAUUUGAAUGGAGUAUGGUUUAUGUGUAUUGGUAGGGUUCUGUGCUCUUCUCUCUAUACCACAUUUAUCUUAGGCCCAAAGUUAGCCAUUUCUGUUUAAUUAGGUCUGAACCAUCAAAGCUAAAGACUGUCUUCUACUGUGAACAGCAGCAAAAUCAUUUGUUCUAAACAGAUGUUAUGGAAAUUUAAAAGAUGAGUUGUUUUGAAACUGGGAAUCUGAGGCAGUAUUGCAGAAUUAUAAAAGGAUCAGUGUUUCGUACAUUCUGGUAAUAAAAGCAUUAUAGUUCCAAAAUUUGUAAAUCCUUUUGCCUUGGAAUUUAUUCUGUAUUUUGAAGUCAUUUUUUAUAAUGUUAUAAAUUUUUUCAGACUUUCAUUUUGGUAGUAACAUUUUGGAGGUCCAAUAGUUCAGCAGAGUUUUUUGAGACUGUCACUUAUGGUUUAGGAAGUUGAAAGACGGGGAAAAUUGGGAAAAACUGUUCACCUCCUUAAAUUACAGUAAAUCUGGAUGUACUUUGAAGAGCUUAAAACUUUUAUAUUACAGGAAGAGGUAUUAUGCUGUCUUUUCACACGACAGUUUUGCUCCGUAGAGAACAAUUUUCAAUUGAAUCUCAAGAGGUGGUGCUUGAUAAAGAUAUUUCUCCCUGUAGUUAUGUUCAGAGGGAAAAGCAUGUGAAGGUACUUUUUAGAAUGUAGAAUAUUUAGAACUUUGAAUUCAUGUCAGUCAGUGGUCAUUUUGAAAACCUACAGUGUUUAAACAUUUUCUUACUAAAUGUUUCCAUUUUCGUGACUAGAUAUUUCAGCCAAAAGCUAUAUUUUUAAUUUAUUUUAGAAUUGCAUGAUUGGGCAUCUGUACAAGAAGGUUUUGCUUUUAAAUGAUAACUUCAAAUUUUAUACCUGUGGCAAACUGUACGUUAGCAGUUACAGGUUUGGGGCUGUCGUCAAGAAGGAAAUGGAAUGGUAAAAGUAUAUACAAGUUAAUUUGAUCAAUACUUUGGUUAAUUUGGGACUAUGAUUCAUACUUUUUGUCUUUUGAAACUGAAGUUACCUGCUAAAAUGCAUAUAAAGUGACCAACUAUUUCACCACUGUGAGAAAAGCUCUUGGCUUUUCUCUUGUACAAUCUAGAAUUACUGGAGUAAUUCUAAUAAGUAUUUCUGAUAAGAACACAGAAUUGGGAUGAAGGCUGCCAAGAUUCUAGUUUUUUAUUAUGAUCCCAGGAAAAUGCUUGAAUAAGCAUAGAGUGGUAAAUAGGUUUGGUUCUAAUCCCAAUCAGCUUCAGAGCUCUUAUGUUCUUGAACAGUGCUGUCUAAUAGAAAUAAACGUGAGCAACAUGUAAUUUUGCGUUUUCUAGCAGACAUAUUUAAAAAGUAAACAGGUGAAAUUCAUUUAAAUUAUAUAUUUCUAUUUAACCCAGUGUAGCUGUGUGAUCAUUUCAACAUGUAAUCAUUAUAAAAAGUUAUUUAGGGUUUUUUUGGGGUUGGGGGAUUGUUGCUACCUAGUCUUCAAAAUCAGUAUGUAUUUUACACUUACAGCACAACUCAAUUUGGACUAAUCACAUUUCAGGUUCUCAGUAGCCACGUUUGGGUAGUGGUUACUGUAUUAGUGUAGUUUCUAGAACUAGCUCUUAAAAAUGAACACUAUCAUGUAUUCAUUAAAACUUAAAUUUGAAUCUGGACUUCUUAAAGAAUGUUAGAGAGGGAACACGUGAGAACCUUAUUUUUUAAAUACGUAAAGAGGGAUAAGAAAUACCUCAUUUGGCCUAGUUUAUUUUAUUCAGACAAACUGUAGUUCUGACCAUUCCAAAAAACAUCUUACAUUGCAUCCUGCCAUCUCAUUGUAGUAGGUAUCGUUUUUCUAAUGAUACUAAUAAAGUUGCCCAAGACACAUCCUGAGCAUCCUCAUCAGUCUUCAGAAUGUAUAUUUCCUUCGCUGCAGUAAAUUUGAUGAUUCCAAAGACUUAACCCCACACACACACCUUGUCUAAUUGAACUUUGAGAAGCCAAUUCUAAAGGACUAAAAAGAAACCUUUUUAAUUCUUCAUUGAGUUCUGUACACACAAGGAGAAUCUUGUUUAUAACUUGGAUUUAAUUUUCGUUUUUAAAAAUAACAUUUUCAAAUGCAAGGAUCACUAUCAGUUUGCUUGGGCGGUUGGUAAAGAACACAAGGUCUAGAACGUUCCACCACCACUACCACCAUCCGUACCCCCAGAAGACUGCCUUUUAACCAGAGAGACUUUGAGAACUAAUGGCCUUCAGUUCUACACCCCAACUUCUCCAAAGACAAAGUACUAGUAGACUUCCUUGCCUGUUGACAAGGGCGUUCCUUGCUCAGCUACUCUAGUUGAAAUAGGUGGACUCUUAGUUUAGGUAAAGUUAGCGCUAUUGCCAGUAAUAUAUGUGGCGUCUUGACAGUCCUUCUAGAGGUUCAGAUUGUUUGCCAAAUAUUAGACUGUGAAGAUUCCUGAGUUUUUUACCUUUGCGUGCAGAUGUGAUUGUUGUAUUCUCAGUACCAGUUCCUGAAAGUCACUUCUGUAAGAAAAAUGAGGCAGCUCAAAGGGAAAAAGGUUUUCCUCUAUGUCCAGCGGUACUCUUGCCUUCUAAGAGCAGUCCAUCUUGCCUUGAAUCAAGGCAUCUUGCCUUGAUUUCUAAGGUCGCAUUUUUGGGUGGAAAGCUUAGCAAGGCAGUAGUUUCCAAAUGUCCUUUAUAACCACUCUGCUUGUUAUAUGCAAAAUGUUUCAUAUUUUAAUAUUUUGUUUUUUCUCUAUCGAGCACUUUAUGCUUUUUAGUCUGUUGCAUUUGAGAAUGUAGUUUAGAAACUUUUUCUCUUCUAAAGCCAUGUAAAAACUGGAUGAUCACCGGAAAAAUGAGUAUGUGUUAUUUUGCAUUUAACUUACUGUUUUGUGGUAUGUAUAAACAAAAUAUUAGAAACAUACUGCAUUUUUGUAACAAUACUCUUUGACUUUAUUUAACAUGAUUUGCCAUGAAAUAUCAAUGAUCUAUUUUCCCAAUAAGCUUGUUUAUUUUAGGGUGUUUUAUUCUAAUAGAGAAAGAAUUCAGCCAACUUGGUUUCUGUCAUCAGAUAAUCUCAGAAAGUAAUGUUCUUUAUCUAUAUUACUGCCUGUUUUCAAUAUUUGAGACCGUAGCUUUAUAUUUCUACUGAGCCUAGUAACUGAUGAGCAAAGACCCCAAAAAGUGAGUAAUUAUUUUUCUUCCUUUGAGGUAUUUUAAUAGCCUGUUGAAAACAGGGGUUCCAUGAAAAGCAGACUGUCCCAAAAGACAGUUAGUUGCUCCAUUCAUGGCAUCAUUUGAAGUGACAGAAACAAUUUGUUCAGAUACGUGGCAUCAUGUUUUAGAGUUCAUUUUAUUUGUGUUGAUAUAUGUUGAGAGGUACUAGUUUUUGGAUUCUCACCAUAGAAUGGUAUUAGUUAUUCUCUCAUAAUGUUUUGUUAUUACCUGUGAUGGCCAAGUAGUAGAUAUACCUUAAAGUAAUAUCAAGGGGGUGUGUGUGUGUGCGUGUGUGCGUGCGCGUGCUUUAAUCUGUAAAGCUAUCUGGAAUUUUUAUUGUGCUAUAACUUCAAAAUUAUAUGGGCAUUAUAACUUUUCCAUUGUACAAAAAGAAACAUACCACUAAAUUUAUGGAUGUUUGAAUGUUAGAUAUAUUUGGGAUUUUUUUAAUAGCCCUUUUCUUUAAGCUGUUUCUUAUUUCUGAUCAUUGUGAGUUGGGAUAGAUGUGGGAUAAACCCCUCCUAGAAUUAUUGCCUUUGUCAAACACAAUUCAUAGUGGGAUUUAUAAAACACAAUUUUAAUUAUCUCUAAGUGAGUUGAAAUAUCAUGGAUUGUAGUCAUUUACAUCAAGUAUGAUAAAGACCUAAAGUACCUUUAUCCUUAGGAUUGCCUGAGAAUAAUCAGAUUGUACAUGUGUCUGAUAUUUCCAGCUUAAUAAAUGUAGCAGUGAGUUGAUGUUGGGACUUCAGGUACUACAGUUGGUACUGAAUGAUGUGUUUGAGAGGAAAUCAGUUUUCUUUUUCCUUAAGAAAAAAACCAGAAUCUUUACAUUCUGGCUCUUUGUGUAGUCAAAAGACUAUUUCUCUUUUUAGAUUUUCAGUCUUUUUGCUGUAGCGGCCAGUAAUUUUGUGUUUAAAAGAACGAAUGAGGAAUGUAUUUUUCAAAGGAGUGAAUAAAGUUAAAAUCCAAGGUUUUGAAUUGUAUAAAUGUGCAACUAAAUUUCAAGUCUAAGAUAGUGCUGAUUUUUUUUUCUAUUUCUCAACAUCUUUCAUACAUUGCAGUACCUACAAUUCCAGUAGCUUUCAAAGAAAACAUUUCAGUUUUGUAUAAUUUGUAAAAUAUACAUAAAUAAUGCAGAUAGUUUGAGAUUAUUUUAGCUUUAUGUUGUGUCUCUGAAUCAUACGGAUCUCAUACCUGGCACAGUUGAUAGUUGUCACGAGUAUUAAGCCAUUUUGAAAUCUGCCACUUUUUUUCUGAGGUGCCCUUUUUAGUUUACAUUUAGAAACAAAAGAUAACCUUAUAGACCUAACAUUAAUAUUCUGGUCUCCUUAUCCUAAAUACGGUUAAUGGAACAUGGAUGUAAGUCAGGUUAAGGUGGUUUUAUCAUUUUUUUAAUACAUUGUGUGCUUUGACUUUUUAUUUGAACUACAGUGAAGCUUUGACUUCUUAACUGAAAUUGAGUGGCAUUUGUCUUAAUUCUGCCCAGUUACAGAUCAAAUCAUACCUAGAAAAUGUUUGUGUUAAUUUUACUUAUACAAGCCAUUUCCGUUUAAGUUGCCUUAUUCUAUCUAUUGCAUUGUUCUUGCCAAGUCUGAGCUCUGUCAUGUUGGAAUUAUUCUAACACUGAAUCUGUGAUGUAAAAAUGUAUGAUGUGCUACAAAUUUUAUUCAUAAUAAACUAAGUUAUAGCCUAUUAUAACCUAUAAAACAUUUCUUGUAAAUUGUCUAAUUUAUUUUUCAUUUAUGUACAGUUUCUUAUGUAAAUUUUUAAAAUACUUGUUGUGGUCUGUUCUAUAAACAUUCCUGUUCUCUUUUCCUUAAGGCUUAUUUGCAUGAAAGAAACUUGGGUUUUGCUUGUUUGUAUUAUAUGGCCACUGAGCCAACUUCAGUACUCUCUACCUUUUCUGUAGUUUUAACUUUUUCUAGUUUUGUUCAUAUUCUAAAUAAAUGUUAAAAUCAUGAUUUUUAUUUCCUACUUUGCAAAUAAAUUCUGUUAAGUUGUU